UAUUGAAUAAAGUUAUCUAAUAACUUCUUUUAUUUAGGUAUGGGUGGAAAGAAGAAAAAUAGUAAUAUUGAAAAUGCAAGUGAAGAAAGCAAAUUAGUAUGGACACCUAUAAUGGAUGAGGCUCUUAUGGAUGCUUUCCUACAUCAACAUAAUUUGGGCAAUAGGGUAAAUGGUUCCUUUACCACCAAAGCAUUUGAAAAUAUUGUUAAUGAAUUGAAAGAAAAACUUGGGAAGGAGGUUGACAAAGAUAAAGUUAAAAAUUGCAUGAAAACUUUAAAGGCAAACCUUUCAAAAUCCCAUGAUUUAUUCAAAAACCUUAGUGGUUUUUCAUGGAGCCCUAUUACCAAGCUAUGGAGUGCCGAGCCUGAAGUUUGGAAUGCAUUAAUAAAGGUUAAUAAUAAUGCUAAAGAGUGGAUGACAAAACCAGUGUUGCGUUAUGAUACAUUUGUGAUACUAUUUGGAAAUGAUCGAGUUACAGGUGAAAAGUCAAAGAUUGCAAAAAAAUUAAAGAAAAAGCAAUCAUCCCAACAUGAUAAUGAGCCUCAAAAUACCAUUGAGGAAAUUGAUCAUAUGGUGUCACAGAAUCAGGUAUCUUUAGAUGGUUUUGAAACUAAUGAUGUUGAUUUUGAUCCUUUAACAUGUCUUGGAGGUCCUUCAAAUGUGCCAACUAGCUCAAAAUCGAAAAAAAUAAAGAAGUCACAAGAAAUUGAAAAUGAAGCAAUGGCAUUCAAGAAGCUUUCAACAAUGUAGCUCGAGCUCUAUCUGAAGGGAAUUCACGUCCUCCAAUUUCAGAGGCUGAAGUUUGGAAUAUGUUGGAGGAUUUUGGACUUAACUCAGAUCAAAUUACCACUGCUUAUUUAUAUCUGCUUGAGCAUCCAGAUAAAUUAAGAGCAGUAUU